AUGCCCGUUGAAGAAACCCUGACCAAGCUCAAUGCUCUGGCAAACCCAGCCCCGGAGACGCUGUGUACCCUGUGGCUAGACCUUGAAGCCGAAUUCCGCCAGGACACAAUCCUCAAGAAGACUGAUUUCGCCCGUUGGGUGUUGACCAACAUCCACCGCAAAAUAUUAAACAUCGCCACGGAUGCAAGCCAGGCCGGCGUAAUCCAUACCCUGCGCGACGACAUAUCACGUCAAUACACCAAGAUACUUGUGUGGCUUGAUGUAUCUGUCGGACUCCUACUGCUUCUUUUUGGUUCCGAAAUCGUCAAUUCCCGCGCCAGCACCGAUUCAUUCAUUAGGCUGAAACGGAAGUGUCCCGACUUGCACGUCGAGCAGCUCUACGACGCCUGGACAGCGCAACCCAGACUCAAAAAAGGGCACGUUGUACAUGAUUUGUAUCGCUUCCAGCAAACAGGCAAGUCUUAUCUUGCCGCCAUCCCCUCCCCCGUGCGAAAGUCGAAACGCAAGGCCAAUGCCAGGCAGACGACGCCCUCCGUCACUGCGUCCAUCGAAACUGCGCAUCGAGAGAGCCCCGACAUAGACGCCAGCCCACACACUCCGACGCCAUUGCAAGACCUACGACCAUCUUUUCAAGAUUCCCCCGAAAGGCCUCGACGACUCCGUCAGGCCCUACAAAGCGAAACAUCGUCACCUGGCGUCACAUUCUCUACACUUCUCAAAAGAGCAGAAUCGCAAACCGAACGUGAAUUACAGGCCUCGAGGUUCACGUCAUGGGAGCCCGAUUCAGCAGGCAAUCAAGACGCUCCUUCUUACGAUUCGGAAUCUGAUGAUGGUCUUGGCGUUGUGGUCUAUGAUCCGGCUUCUCCUCCCCACUCUCUCAUGCUUGACGACCAGUCCGUCAUGGAGGAAGAAGGCCUUGAAACGGUCGAAGAAGAUGAAAAUCGUCACGCCGUAUUCACAGAGCCUGGAGUUCUUGGAGCCUCAGCCGAGGAGAACACAGUCGUGGAGAUCACCCCCUCCGAGCACGGCGAUGAAGUGUCCAACCUGAUACCUGGGAAUGUGACCACCCGGUCGUGUCAAAAACGGAUCUACAGCGACUCGGCCGCCUCGACGUCAGCCAAAGACCAACAAACAUCGUUCGUGGCAUCAGUCAAGAAGCCGAGAUUGGACAAACAGUCCAGGCAGAUCGCGAGUCAACCCACCACUCCUGAAUAUACGAGAACGCCUCGUCCGACGGCUCGGAGAACAGUAGACAUGGUGACGGUUAUGCGUGGCCUCAAGACUCUUGAGGAUGAGCAAUGGUUGAACGAUGAGGUUAUCAACACGAUCGGCCGACGUCUUGCAUGCAAGAAGAUUGGCGUCGUUGAGAGUCUUUCCUUGGCCUCGAAAACAAGAACCGAACGAGAUCGACUGCGACUACAGCCUGAGAUCAAUAAACCAAAAGCACUCUUAUUUCUGAACCACUCCAGCCAUUAG